UAGUGAAACUGCAGGUUCAAAUUACAAAGAUAUAAAAGUACUCAUGCACGAUAAAUUAAUUAAAGACUAUAGUGAAACUGCAGGUUCAAAUUACGAAGAUAUAAAAGUACUGAAGCAUGAUAUAUUAAUUGAAGAUAAUGAUAUUCCAUAUGGAUGUGAAGCUUCAGAUUUCACUAGGGAAAUAUCAGAAAAGGAUAUAUUUGAUAUCAUCCACAAUUUAAAUAAUCCUGUACCUUUUAGAGACAUGUUUGUUUUAUUUAACAAUUUUCAUCAAAAUGAAAGAAAAAAAUUCGAUGAAAUGCAGGAUUUUUUAAAAACAAUUUUUGAUGAUUUAGCCAAUCAAAAUCAACUAAGAGAAGAAUAUAAAAGCAAAGCAUGGACUAAUAUCUCUUUACCUAUUAUUCAGGAAUUGUUAAAAAAGGAUUCUAUCGAUUUCAAAUUUUUAUCUGAAUUCAUGAAAUCUGGAAAUUGCUCCCCUGACGAAUAUAUUAAUUUUAUAAAUUCUAUGAAGUUAUCUUGGAAUUUCUUUUGGAACCACAUUGAAAAUAUGGGCAAGGCCAUGAUUUAUGAGACUGUGACUAGGGCUAUUAGCCCCACGGAGGAAAGUCAGUCGGUCCUUUGA